AUGAGUAACCAUAAAGACUAUGAUGUUUCCUUAAUUUCAGUAGGAGUUAUUAAUGCAGAAUUGCAUUUUAGAUCCUUUUCAUACAAUUGGUGGAUAACUUGUAAUAAGAAAACAGAAUUUGUGGUUCUAAUUCGUUUGCAUAUGAAGAUAAUGACCUUUUUAAAAGGGUAUAAUUUUGUUAUAACAGUUGUAAAAGGUAAUAAAGAAUAUUCUGAAUGUUCGGGAUAUCUUUGUGACUGUGGGAAAUUUUAUACUGAGGAACCAAGCAAUUCUAGUACGAAUGCAAUAUCUACCAUCUAUCAGAAAAUGUUUUGCAAUAAAACCAGAUUUUCUAGUCCCCAAAUAAUGGGAUUUGAGAAACUAGCUAUCUAUGAAAAAUUACUGGAAGGAGUUCUAUUUCGUUCAUAUUUUGUUAACCUUGAGUUAGUACAUGUUUUUGUAUUUGGAAUUGCAAAAUCUAAGAAUAAUGAAUGGAGAUGUGCUGGAGUUGGGUUUAAAUCAAGUUUUACAUUUCAAUUGGAAAAACAACGUUGUUUAUUUAUUCAAAAAUUUGAAGAAGAAUUAAGUAACUAUUAUACAAAAAACACAAAUUGA